UUCACUUCCGGUACACAUGGUCGACAGUUGGGCUGAUAACCUUCAAAUUGUAUUAUACAACACGAGUGACGUUAAGCGUAUUUUAUUCUCUGAUCAUGGCACCAGAAGGACUCUAUAUGGCAUUCCGAAAAUUUUCACAAAGACUGAUUAGAGUUAAUCAUACAACUGAGACGGAGAGAUCGCAGCUCCUCCAUCGUCUGUCCUCGAGGUUGAAAGCAGAUCCCCGGUAUCGUGUAUACAUCGAAUACAUCACAGAGAAUUUCAAAACUUUCUCUGAAAAAGUAAAAACUCAGUACAAAGGAGUGAUUGCUCAGAAGAUUCGGCGGACGAUUAAGUAUGAGAACACGCAUGGCCAUAAGUCUCUCAUCCGCUUUCUAGAUAGUCUUCGCAACGCUUUCUGGAGCAGAAAGGGGCCACAAUUGUCGGUUUUAUUCGCAGCGUCGCUGUUUUCAUGGAGUGAGGAAAAUGUAUCAGAUCAGGAAAUUACAAGAGCUAUUGAUGACAUGUCGGAGAUCCAGGACAUGAGCCGACAUCACCAGCUGGACGGGACUCAUCCCAAGGGAUGCUUGAUGGACUGGACUCUCAUUGUCAAUGAGCCCUCACUGAAAAUCUGGAGACGACCCCUGCCCAAUUCCCACUUGUAUGAAUACAAAGUGUAUGGAAAGUAUGAUGAUGUUACACCGUCAGCAUUUUACCAAGUACAGAUUGACCUGGAAUACAGGAAGAAGUGGGAUCAUUUUGUCGUUAAACUGGAUGUUGUCGACCAGGAUCCAAAGUCCAAGUCGGAGGUCGUUCAGUGGGUCACAAACUAUCCAGCAACAUGGUACAGCAGAGAAUUCCUUUACAUCAGAAGAUUUAAGAUCGAUAAGGAGAGGAAUGUGAUGGCUUAUGUAGCACGUGCAGUGGACCAUCCGGACUGUCCCCGGAGAGACGACUUUGUGCGGGUCUUUCCCUACAGCUCCUAUAUGGUGAUCAAGCCCAAGACCACGUUUGAAGAGAAUGGCCUCGAGUACGUGAUGACUUACCAUGACGACCCCCAGCUGAUGUACUCCAGCCUUGCCUUCAGUUUUGCCACCAGCAUUGGAAUUGACUUUGUGGACAAAAUGCACAAGGCAGCUAAGGAACUACAGAGCAAGUAUGGCCACCGGCCCAGUUACGUACUGACCAGUGAUAAUGUAGUGACCACACACGGCUCCACAAACUGCAUUCCAAAUUUCCAGUGACCGUUAACAGCCUUUGUUGGCCAUUCUGUCUCAAAUUGCCCUUAGUCAUUGAAUAAUGGUCAUUUGAGACUCAAACAGCUGUAAAGUAUUGGGAGUUUGAUGCAGACCAGUCAGGUGUGCAAGACUAUGCAGUGUAUGGGAGUGAUUUAAAACUGUCAUUCUAGGCUUAUUCCACGAGGAGAAAAAGACUGUUUUAAAAUUGCAGUGUUUACUAAAUUAUAAACUUUCAUGACAAUGAUAUGUGGAUGGAUUAAAUACAUGUAUGUGAUGUUGUCUGAUAAGUGUUGAUAUGGAUGAUUGUGAUUUUAGAUAAGUGUUGAUAUGGAUGAUUGUGAUAUUAAAUAAGUGUUGAUAUGGAUGAUUGUGAUGUUGAUAUGGAUAUUUGUGAUGUUAGAUAAGUGUUGAUAUGGGUGAUUGUGAUGUUGAUAUGGGUGAUUGUGAUGUUGAUAUGGAUGAUUGUGAUGUUGAUAUGGAUGAUUGUGAUGUUGAUAUGGAUGUUUAUGAUGUUUGAUGUUAGAUAAGUGUUGAUAUGGGUGAUUGUGAUGUUGAUAUGGAUGAUUGUGAUGUUGAUAUGGAUGUUUAUGAUGUGGAUGUUUGAUGUUAGAUAAGUGUUGAUAUGGGUGAUUGUGAUGUUGAUAUGGAUGAUUAUGAUAUCUGAUUAAGUGUUGAUAUCGAUGUUUGUGAUAUUGAUAUGGAUGUUAGUGAUGUUGAUAUCAAUGAUUGUGAUGUUGAAAUCGGUGAUUUGGAUCAGAUAUGUAUUGAUAUGGAUGAUGAUGUUGUCUGGUAUGUCUUGAUGGGGAUGAUUGUGAUGU